AUGGCUCUACUGGGUAUAUUCAAACGGCACCGGGGUCCUCGAGAGGGCUCUCUCACGGUGGAAGUCAAUAACCCGAUGGAGGAUCUGAGUAAAUCAGAGCUUGACGUUACCACCACUGGCAGCAUCCCAGCCGAUGAAGAGAAAACCAAAGUGCUGGCCGACACGGCCGCCAUUGAACAAGAGAGUCAUGAAGACCCGGAAAUCGCUGCCUUGCCCCUACAAGUACGCCAAUUGGUGAAUUUGACCGAUGAUCCAACCCUCUUCACAAUCACCUUUCGCUAUUUUAUACUGUCCGCUCUUUUUGUCAUCCCCGGUGCAUUCUUAUCCCAAAUGAGUCACUUCCGGACCACCAGCGCUCCUUACUCUGUCUUCUUUGUUCAAAUCGCUUGUCACUAUGUGGGGCAUUUCCUCGCCAAAAUACUCCCAGCCUGGACAAUUCGGCUGCCAGGCACGAACUGGUCAUUUAGCUUAAAUCCAGGCCCUUGGAGCAUCAAGGAGCAUGUGCUCGUUACAGUUACAGCGGCAUCGGGGGCGACGUACAAUCUGGCCUAUGCCCCAAUUGUACUGGCAGAACUCUGGUAUGGGACGAGAAUCAACCCGGCCGUCGCCAUUUUCUUCAUGUUGGCCAUCGUGUGGACUGGAUAUUUCUUUGCUGCUCUUGCACGUCAGAUUCUGCUGCCGGACCCCGAGUAUGUCUGGCCACAGGCUUUGAUGCAGACAACUUUGUUCGAAACUUUCCGCAAGACAGACACUUCAUCACCCACCGCUCGUCGUCAAAUGAAGGUCUUUUUCCUGGCUUUGUUGGGCAUGACCCUAUGGCAAUUUCUUCCAGAAUAUGUUUUCCCUUUCAUCUCUUCCCUAGCUUUCCUCUGCUGGGUGGCUCCACACAAUGCUGUGGCCAACUUCAUCGGGUCAGGACUUGGGGGCAUGGGCUUUUUGAAUUUGUCACUGGACUGGUCAAACAUCAACUGGAACGGUUCCUCGAUUAUGCUCACGCCAUUCUGGACACAGGUCAUUCUGUUCUUGGCUUAUGCUUUUAAUUGCUGGGUUCUGAUUCCUGCUGCGAAGUGGGGUGGCCUCGGCUCCUACAAACAUGGCAUUAUGUCCAAUAGUCUCCUGAUGGCCAACGGAACGACUUACCCAACACUUAAAGUGCUGACUCCAGAGUACCAUUUGAACGAAACUGCAUAUGAGCAGUACGGCCCUAUGUAUAUGGGACUGCAGAAUGUAUGGGCAACCUGGUUUGACUACGCCAAACUUCCGGCGGCUGUCACCUGGAUUGCCACGUUUGGCUAUGUUCAAAUCAGGAACAAUCUAAGAAAGAUUCGGGGAGCUCGCAAGAACGCCAAAUCGUCACCUGAAAAUGGGAUCCACCAUCAAUACCACGAUCGUCUCAAUGUUAUUCAAAGACAAUACAAGGAGAUUCCAUUGUGGUGGUACCUUUCUUUGUUCCUCACAGCAUUGGUCAUAUUGGUAGCCAUUAUCGCUUGUGGAAACCUAUUUAUCCCGAUCUGGACCCUGUUUGUGGGUCUGGCCAGCGCUGCUGUCUUCGUUGUUCCAUUUGCCUGGUUAUACGCUAUAUCUAACUAUCAACUUGAGACUGGAUCGUUCAAUGAGCUGAUGUAUGGAUACAUGGUGCAUACCAAAGCUGGCUCCAGCCACCAGCACCCAUGUGGCCCCUCAGUCUAUGGCUCCAUUGCUGGUGACGCAUGGUAUCGUGCGCAGUACAUGUUGCAAGACCAGAAGAUUGGGCACUAUAUGCAUAUCCCACCCCGUGAGAUUUUCUUCUCUCAGAUCUUUGGUACCCUAAUGGGUGUCCCGAUCAAUUACGCUGUCAUUCGCUGGGUAAUGGAUACCAAAGGAGAAUAUUUGACUGGAGAGAAGACCGAUCCACUCAAUCAGUGGACGGGCCAAAGUUUGCAGACAUCUAACACAAUGGGUGUUCAAUAUGCAGUUCUUGGUCCCAAGAGACUCUUUGCUGAAGCUGAGAUGACACCUCUGCCGUGGUCCUUCCUCGUCGGUGCUGCCAUCCCUCCGAUUCUGUUUAUUUUCCACCGUUUCUUCCCCAAAUUACGAAUUGAUCUUUGGAAUGUCAGCAUCUUCUUUGGUGGUCUUGCCAUGUUCUAUGGGAACGUCAGCACUGGCUACACAUCUGCCAUCAUUGGCGGAUAUAUUGUCAUGUAUUGGGCGUAUCGGCGCCAUUUCGAAGUGUGGAAGCGAUAUAACUAUUUGAUCGCGGCAGCAUUUGAUGCCGGAUUCAACCUAAACAUGUUGCUUAUCUUCUUCUUUUUCGGAGCGGGCAAGCAGAUCUCGAUGCCAAAUUGGUGGGGGAAUAAUAGUGAAUCGGUCGAACGAUGCUUUGCUCUGUAG